GCAGGAGAGGCCGGGUGCAGGCAGGCCGCCGGUGCAGGAGCCUCGGCGCUUCGGAUUCCGCGCCACUGGGUUUCCAAAGAGAACUCGCCCAGCUCCGUAGCUCCUGGGCACGGAUCGGACUCAAAAUCGAGAGCCAGACGUUUGACUGAAACUUGGAGCCGACCUUCCCGGGGCUGAAGGAGGCUCGAGGUUCGGAGGAGGAGGAGGAGGCGGCGGUGGCGGCUGCCCGCCGGGCCUCAAGGCGAGAAGGCGGAGCUGCACCGCCGAGGCGGCGACCCGGGCGAGCAGGCAGGGGACGCCGGGCUCUGGCCUGGCGGAGGCCCGACUCGGUGUAGGGGACGCAGGCAUCGCCGUGCGCCCGGGGCUCGAGAGACUUGGGCAAACUUUGGAAGGUAACCGGAGACUCUUGUAGCCCGUCACCGAAGAGAAAGCCGCACCGUUACGUCUCGGCGGGGAGGCUGAGAACGCCGCUGCACGCGCGGCCCGCGGCGAUGCGGGGCCCCGGCACUGCGGCGUCGCACCCGCCCCUGGGCCUGUGCGCCCUGGUGCUGGCGCUUCUGGGCGCGCUGCCCGCGGGCACCCGGGCUCAGCCGUACCACGGCGAGAAGGGCAUCUCGGUCCCGGACCACGGCUUCUGCCAGCCCAUCUCCAUCCCGCUGUGCACGGAUAUCGCCUACAACCAGACCAUCCUGCCCAACCUGCUGGGCCACACGAACCAAGAGGACGCGGGCCUCGAGGUGCACCAGUUCUACCCGCUGGUGAAGGUGCAGUGUUCUCCCGAGCUGCGCUUCUUUUUGUGCUCCAUGUACGCGCCCGUGUGCACCGUGCUCGACCAAGCCAUUCCCCCGUGCCGCUCCCUGUGCGAGCGCGCCCGCCAGGGCUGCGAGGCUCUCAUGAACAAGUUCGGCUUCCAGUGGCCUGAGCGACUGCGCUGCGAGAACUUCCCGGUGCACGGCGCCGGCGAGAUCUGCGUGGGCCAGAACACGUCCGACGGCUCCGGGGGCGCGGGCGGCAGCCCCACCGCCUACCCUACGGCUCCCUACCUGCCGGACCCGCCUUUCACGGCCAUGGCCCCCUCAGAUGGCAGGGGCCGGUGGUCUUUCCCCUUCUCGUGCCCGCGCCAGCUCAAAGUGCCCCCCUACCUGGGCUACCGCUUCCUAGGUGAGCGCGACUGCGGUGCCCCGUGUGAGCCGGGCCGUGCUAACGGCCUCAUGUACUUUAAAGAAGAGGAGAGGCGUUUCGCCCGCCUCUGGGUGGGUGUGUGGUCGGUGCUGUGCUGCGCCUCGACGCUCUUCACGGUGCUCACCUACCUGGUGGACAUGCGGCGCUUCAGCUACCCAGAGCGACCCAUCAUCUUCCUGUCGGGCUGCUACUUCAUGGUGGCUGUCGCGCACGUGGCGGGCUUCCUGCUGGAGGACCGUGCCGUGUGCGUGGAGCGCUUCUCGGACGAUGGCUACCGCACGGUGGCGCAGGGCACCAAGAAGGAGGGCUGCACCAUCCUCUUCAUGGUGCUGUACUUCUUCGGCAUGGCCAGCUCCAUCUGGUGGGUCAUUCUGUCCCUCACUUGGUUCCUGGCGGCUGGCAUGAAGUGGGGCCACGAGGCCAUCGAGGCCAACUCGCAGUACUUUCACCUGGCCGCGUGGGCUGUGCCGGCGGUCAAGACAAUCACCAUCUUGGCCAUGGGCCAGGUGGACGGGGACCUGCUCAGUGGCGUGUGCUACGUGGGCCUGUCCAGUGUGGAUGCGCUGCGGGGCUUCGUGCUGGCGCCCCUGUUCGUCUACCUCUUCAUCGGCACGUCCUUCCUGCUGGCCGGCUUUGUGUCGCUCUUCCGCAUCCGCACCAUCAUGAAGCACGACGGCACCAAGACGGAGAAGCUGGAGAAGCUCAUGGUGCGCAUCGGCGUCUUCAGCGUGCUCUACACCGUGCCGGCCACCAUCGUGCUGGCCUGCUACUUCUACGAGCAGGCCUUCCGCGAGCACUGGGAGCGCACCUGGCUCCUGCAGACCUGCAAGAGCUACGCGGUGCCCUGCCCUCCGGGCCACUUCCCGCCCAUGAGCCCGGACUUCACAGUCUUCAUGAUCAAGUACCUGAUGACCAUGAUCGUGGGCAUCACGACCGGCUUCUGGAUCUGGUCGGGCAAGACCCUGCAGUCGUGGCGUCGCUUCUACCACAGACUCAGCCACAGCAGUAAGGGGGAGACUGCGGUAUGAACCCCGGUCCUUCCCCGGCCCUUGCCACUUCCUACCCCCUUGGAGGAGGAGAGGCAUGGUGGUGGGG